UUAUCACAUGAGCGCGGGCGUUCGCGAUUCAUAGAAGGCAGCGGCGCCCGUGAUGGUGGUUGGUGCUGUGCGUGGUGAAAAAAAAAAGUCCCGCCAAACCGUCAGCCUCGUUGCUUGUGCCCGUCGCAUCUGGCCAUUUGGAUUAUCCACCGUUGUUUGAUCUGUGUGUUGUGUUUCUGUGCUCCGCCCUGGAUUACACAACGAUGGUUGGACGGCGCAUACCCGGUUUCAGCUCUAUGCUAUGGGAUCGCCCAGGUAAUAACCACAACACUAUGCACGGCGGCGUUAUUCCGAAGCGUCGUCCCACGGAUACUCACAGCGUUGCUCCGCUCCUUCCAGCGCAAGUCGAGAAGAACAACUCGUUCGAAAAGAACUACCGCGUCGGCGCGCUUCUCGGCAAGGGAGGCUUCGGCACGGUCUACGCUGGCACCCGGAACCGCGACAACUUGGCGGUGGCCAUCAAGCACGUAUCCCGGGACAAAGUGACCGAAUGGGGCACGAUCAAUGCUCAGAGGGUGCCAUUGGAAAUCGUGCUCCUGCGGCGUGUGGACCACGUUCCGGGCGUGAUCCGGCUGCUGGAAUGGUACGAGCACCCCGACUCGUUUAUUCUCAUCAUGGAGCGGCCGGAAGUGGUGAAGGACCUUUUCGACUACAUCACCGAAAAAGGCGUGCUCGAGGAGACUCUUUCGCGGCUCUUCUUCAAGCAGAUAGUCCAGUGUGUGAUGGCGUGCCACAAGGCGGGCGUCAUCCACCGCGACAUCAAGGACGAGAACAUUUUGGUCAACCUCAAGACCCUCUCUGUCAACCUCAUCGACUUCGGUUCCGGAGCCUUCCUUCGAGACGGAUUCUACACGGACUUCGACGGCACCCGGGUGUACAGCCCUCCCGAGUGGAUCCAGCGCAGCCGGUACAACGGGCGCGCCGCGACCGUGUGGUCGCUGGGCAUCCUGCUGUACGACAUGGUGUGCGGGGACAUCCCCUUCGAGCAGGACGAGCAGAUCCUUCGUGCCGAGCUCCACUUCCGGCGGAAGCUGUCGCCCAUGUGCGAGGACCUGAUCCGCCGCUGCUUGGCGCUGGUGCCGGCGGAGCGGCCCACCCUCGAGGAGAUCCUCGAGCACGAGUGGAUGGUGGCCGACGACCUCAACAGCACCGUCUCCGAGAACAUCCCCGUGCGCUGUGCGCGCGGCGAGCAGUCCUCGCUGGACCAGAACUCCACCGGAAGUCAAGACAGCAUUUGCAUUUGAUGAUCACGCCCUCCUUAGAGAGCACCAAUUCCUCAUUUUUAGAGAGCCGCUGUUCAUCAUCAUCAUCACGGACAUUGCGUUGCGAACUGUGGACAGGCCCCUGCUGGCGACAUGUGAGACGGAAGAGAAGCCCUAAUGUGCCGCUAAACGAGUCUUCCCGCUGAUUGGAGACGAGGAUACAGCUUUUUUUGUUUUUUUAAUCAGUGCAAACACGCGCAUUUUGCGUAGCAAGAAUCUCUCCUCUGCCAAGUCUACGACUGCCUAGCGUGUGAAGGACUGGGGAUCCUAUAUCUGUGUGCGUUUUUUCUUUGCGACAGACUCGAGUGCAAAGUCGUCUGAAGAGUUGCCCAUGCGUGCGUCUAGGGGCGAAGAAGCUAAGGGACUGCCUCCUUACUGCGUAGCUGUGAUAUGACAAACAAAGAAGCAUGGGCAAAUCCCUCCUUACAGGACGUCGCUGUCCCUGUGUGUCGCAAGCAGACCAGUCUUGUUGCACACUGGUGUGUUCCAUUCCCCAACUACACGCAGUUGUGAGUUUGUGUCUGUCAGUCCACCUGUAUUUAUUUUGAGAAUGUACAGAAUGAACCUUGCCUACCUUCCUCGCACCCUGUAAACAAAGCCCUUCGCCAUCAUCACCAGCAUUGUAAUCUGCCAUCCCAGACGUUUCAUGAGCAUAAAAAAAUGUACAUACAUGCAGCAUCACUUUCGCAAAUGAUUUGCGGGUGUAAAAGGCACCCGUGUCACAUUUUUUUUUUCUUUUAAUGCAAGAUUGUCACAUGCGAGUAUGCUUAGUGGUUUUGUUUUUAAGUUAUUUGUUUCCUCAUGUGGAAGAAAGUUGUGGGGGCACCAUUGUAGCAGAUGUCUGCUCGGGUGUGCUCUCUCGCUUCCACUCCUGUUCCUCUUAUUUAUGUGUUCUUGGUUAAGUGUCAUCUUCCCCUGUCCUUUCGGAAAGCAUUGUGUACAUAGUCUGUACAGAAUAGUUGCGAACCGGGUAUUUUUAUAAAAAAAAUGCUGAAAAUAAACUUGUAUGUACGUUCUGCAGGA